AUGAAUCUAAAGCAAUGUUUAGCUAUAUUUAGCCUUCACCUGGGCCUAUACGCUCGCGAGCGUGUAAGAGGUUUAAUUGCGUAACAGAGAGCGAGGACAAAGCUUUGACACACCGUGCACUUAUCUGCUCGUUGUUAUAACCCAACAGAAAUACUAGUUGAUAAGAAUUGUUGGCUUCAUAUGCAUUGAGAAUUAAAAGUAUUUGCAAGCUUGAUAUAAGCAUAACUGAUGGUCGUGACUCAAUGCGUGAAGCCAAAGGUGCCCCACUAAAGCACACCUCUUCGAUUACAUCACCGAGCAAUCUAUCCUACAACCAACAAACACCCUCCAGCUCUACCUCGUUUACGUGAUGAGGAUACGCAAGGCAUGCCACCCCGUCUUCCGCACACUCUCGUCACCGUCUCUUGUCCCCUUGCGCAAUCAAUCCUACGGUGUUGCGUGACUAGAGAAUCCGCUGCUGCAACGACUCAUGGGCUGAGUAGAGCUUCAACUUCGGCUUCGGCUGGGCAAUCGCCGCUUCUGCGCUGUUGCAAUGGCAGCCGAAAAAAUCAUUAUGAGCGGCUGAAAGUUCCGCUGGACGCCAGCGUGGGAGAGAUCAAGAAAUCCUUCUAUGCCCUCUCCAAGGCUCACCACCCCGACGCAAAUCGCUCCGACCCCGACGCCGCCCACAACUUCUCCCUCAUCUCCGAGUCCUACACCAUCCUAUCCGACGCCUCCCGCCGCGCCUCCUACGACCGCGACGUCCUGCGCCUUCACCACCAACACCCUCAACACCCUCACCAAGCCUCCUACCACAGCACAAAUCCCGCCGGCGGCCGACCCCCCUCCGGCCUGAGCCGCCGCAGAGGCACCUUCCGCGGCCCCCCUCCCAGCUUCUACCGCAACGGCGGAUGGGGCGCGCACGCCGACAAGCGCCACCAGGCACACGAGGAGUCCACCGGCGGCGCUGGCUCGGGUUCAGCAUCUGAGACGGACCGCGCCAAUCCAUGGAACACGAGCGCUUUCCACCAGACGCAUCACUAUGGCGGCAUGGGUCCAGGGUCUGACCCUUUCCACCACCGAGACGAGCACGUGCCGCACUUUGACAAGGCCGGCCACACGAGGACGCACGAGAGGCAGGAUCACCGCCGGUGGCAGCGCCAGAAGAGGGCCGUUGGGGACGACGACAUUGAGUUUGAGCCGCAGACGAGCCUGGCAGGGCACUUUUUGAUCGUGGCGGGCAUAUUGGCGGCGACGUUUCUGGCGCCGGCGGUGUAUCUGCAGUUUAUGCGCCUGGGGAGGCAGAAGAAGGAGAGGGAACAGUGAAACGAGUGAUGCUCCGUCGUGUUUAUGGUUCUUGUAGAUUGGCGUUCUGGAGAAGGCUAGCGCUGGACAAUAGCCUCUUGUAUAAAUAUAGAGAGCAGUGUAUAUUAGAUAGGUAAUGCAGAAGGCUAUGAAUAGCACUUUUUCAUU